AACAGCAGGGAGAAACAAGAUGGCGGCCUUGACAACCGGCGUCUGCGAUGCCGGGCAAGGGGGAGCCGGAGACCCGAGGGCGGCGAUGGCAGCGGCUGCAGGAGGCAACGAGAAGGACAGCGGCGGCGGCUGCAGCUUCCGCAGGAAGGGUCCCGCUCCCGGGAGCGGCGGCGGCGGCGCUCGGCUGCGCUCCAUUGCGGGGACGCGGCCGUCGGUGCGGAAUGGACAGCUGCUGGUGUCCGCCGGCCUCCCGGCCCUGGACCAGCUCUUAGGUGGUGGCUUAGCUGUUGGAACACUGCUUCUAAUCGAGGAGGACAAAUAUAAUAUUUAUUCCAAUUUGCUCUUCAAGUAUUUCUUGGCUGAGGGAAUAGUCUGUGGGCAUACUUUGUUAGUUGCCUCUGCUAAAGAAGACCCUGAUGACAUUUUACAGGAACUCCCUGAACCAUUACAUGAUGAUAAGUAUAGAAAAGAACUUGAUGGAAUAAGUAGUCAUAAAUCACAAGGAGAGCCAGAUACUUCCAUGAAGAUAGCCUGGCGUUAUCAAAACUUACCCAAAAUGGAGGCUGGCCCAGGAUCAUCUUCAAGAUUUGGUCACUAUUAUGAUGUGUCAAAAAGGAUGCCCCAAGAGAUAAUUCAGUCAGCAAAAAGGCACAGAUUUUUCCUUCCAGAAGAAAUUAUUACUUCAUCUCCUAAUAUAGAAUCCUGUGCUCUGACCCAUGGCUACACGAAGCUUCUUCACUUCAUCCAGAGAAUCAUAUCAGAGGAAGGAUUCGAUGGCUCUUGUCCCCAGAAAAAACAAAAAAACAUUUUAAGAAUUGGGAUUCCAAGUCUUGGCUCCCCUUUGUGGGGAGAUGAUGUCUGCUGUGCUGAUGCCCCUGAGCAUAUUCACAGUCUCACCAGAUUCCUAUAUGUUCUCCGUGGUCUUCUCAGAAUGUCUCUGUCAGCCUGUGUCAUUACAGUGCCGUCACAUCUAAUUCAGAAUAAAGCAAUUACUGCACGUGUCAGAAACUUGUCGGAUACAGUAGUUGGUCUUGAAUCAUUUCUUGGUUCUGAGAGAGAAGCCGAUUCUCUAUAUAAGGAUUUCCAUGGUUUGAUUCACAUACACCAGAUCCCCCGGCUCAAUAGCCUGAUUGGCGAUGUGUCCGACACGAAGGACCUUGCUUUCAAACUCCAAAGGAAGGUCUUCACCAUUGAGCGACUGCACUUGCCUCCAGACUUGUCAGACACAGUGAGCCGCUCCAGCAAACGGGAUCUGGUGGAAUCCGCCAAACAGCUGAGCCUGGGAUGUGGCGUGAUGGCCGGAGGCAAAGAGCGCCUGGACUUCUAGGGAUUGCUACUCAGUGGCCUCUCUCAGACUCCUGUGACACCCUCUUUAUACCCUCUUUGGGGUUACCCAUGGCUUAUGUGAAUAUUUUCCUUAAUGAUUUAACCCAACAAUCUUAAAUAUUCAUAAAGGAUUUUUAAAAUGGUGCCUGUUUUCUUCCUUAUGUAUUUUUUUAAUCAUGGUUUUGUUUUUUCUAGAAAACUGUAACUUAAAUAUUUCUCCAUUUUCAAAGCUAUGAUUUAAACAAUGAAAAAUACCUUCAUCCUUAUCGUUGAGAGGUGGGGAACUGCUAGGGCAGAAUGUAGUAUACAUUAGCAGAUGCAGCCACUGUUUGGGAUGGUUUCACUUGUUUUUCUUUUUUGCAAAUUAGGGCCAAAUUUAGAAGAGGAAGAUGCUUUCAGAAAUAACUGUAAUGUAAAAGCAGAGGGCAUCAGUAUGAUAUUUUUGUAUUUAAAAAGUCAUAUAUUAUAUUCUCAGUUGGAAUAAUAUUUUAUUUUAUAAAUUAACACAAACUCAACAUCAAAAAAAAGGUCAUGCUGUUCUACAGUGGACAAUGGUGCGCUUAGAUAUUUUUAAUCUAUGUAAAAAAUAGUAACAGGUAGUAUUUGGAAACUUUGUGAGGUUCAAAAAAGGUGUUCAUUUUAACUGAGGAUCGUAAUUACCCGUUAUUUCUGAAAAUACCAUUCUCCAAUGAAAAUAUUAUAGUUCGGGCAGAGCAAGACAUGACAAAUUAAUUUUGCAGAUGUAUAAAGACUAUAUUGAAGUGUACUCGCAUGUCAUAUGCAUUUCUGUUAUGUAAAUUAUUAAAUUGACAAACAUAAUGUGAGGGUAUUGCUAUUGAAGAUAAUGCAUCUGCUUUGUUGGUUAAUAAAUGUAUCAAAACAAA